GUCCCACCGGCCACCACCGGGUUUCGUCGCUGCCGCCGCCCGCACCUGCAGCCGCCAUGUGGAGGGGCGGCUCUACAGCCGCCUCCGCCGCGAGGGCUCUCCGCUCGCGCCUCCUCCUCGACCCCAUCCACCACCCGGCCACGUCGCUCGCUCCAAUCGCUUCGGCGCGUACCUCCUCCUCUUCCACCCCGUCCACCGCCGCGGCGAACACCAUCGUGGAAGAAGCGGCGGCAGCGGUAUCCGUUUCUCAGCAUACCGGAUCCAUCUCCGACUCGCUGCGGCACUACGGGAAGUGCUACUGGGAGCUCUCGAAAGCCCGCCUCAGUGCUCUUGUUGUGGCAACUUCGGGGGCUGGCUAUGUGCUUGGUAGUGGCAACAUCGUGGACAUUGCCGGCCUUUGUUGCACAUGUGCCGGUACAAUGAUGGUUGCAGCAUCUGCAAAUACCCUCAACCAGGUGUUUGAGAUAAAAAAUGAUGCUAAAAUGAAAAGGACAAUGCGACGGCCCCUGCCAUCUGGUCGCAUUAGUCCUGCACAUGCUGCGAUGUGGGCUACAAGUGUUGGAGUUGCAGGAACAGCUUUGCUGGCCUGGAAGGCUAAUGGCUUGGCAGCUGGGCUUGCAGCUUCUAAUCUUGUUCUGUAUGCAUUUGUGUAUACGCCGUUGAAGCAAAUACACCCUGUUAAUACAUGGGUUGGGGCAGUCGUUGGUGCCAUCCCACCACUUCUGGGGUGGGCAGCAGCUUCAACUGAACUGUCACUAAACGCGAUGAUACUCCCUGCCGCAUUGUACUUUUGGCAAAUACCUCAUUUUAUGGCUCUCGCGUACUUAUGUCGAAAUGAUUACCUUGCUGGAGGGUAUCGAAUGUUUUCUUUUGCUGACCCUACCGGUAGAAGAACUGCAUGGGUGUCGCUAAGAAAUUGUCUGUACAUGCUACCUUUGGGGUUAUUUGCGUACAACUGGGGGCUCACAUCCGAGUGGUUCAGUUUUGAAGCUUCACUCCUAACAUUAGGCCUUACCAUCGGAGCUCUAUCAUUCGUCCUAGAACCAAGCCCGAAGACUGCGAGGAGAAUGUUCUAUGGUAGCCUGCUGUAUCUCCCUGCCUUCAUGUCCGGACUUCUGUUACAUCGGCUACCAAGUGAACAAAAGGCGCACAACCUGGCUGAGAACAAUGAGCUGGACGGAGUUCUGUACGGGGCUGAUCUGCAGGACGAAGAACGAGCAAGACAGAAACGCCAAGACACGAAACCUUCUCGUGUGCAAUCACUCCCUCCAGUUUCCUAUGCUUCUGUGGCUCCAUUCCCUUUCCUACCGGUACCCAUAUACGAGUCAUGAAAAGUUGAAAACCUCCUCUGGUUCUUCCUGCAGCCGUGGGGUAGUUGGAGCAAUGUAUUCAUGCAUUUUUGGCUUACAUGAGUUUUCCGCCAUCAAGAAGAGUCCUUGGUAUGGUGCGUCUGUUGUUAAAAUUAUAGAAUACGUUUUUGUGUGUGUGGAUUGAGCCUUUUGCGGCUCACCUACAAAUGUAAAAAGUGAUGUUGAUGUUCAUUCUGAUGAUUCGAUCGACACGGAUGUGCUGAUGUCCCGAAACAUUAUGCUUUUCUUGUAAAAUUCGAUGUCCUGAAAUAUAAAUGAUGGAAG